GGCAGCAGCCUCUUUGCUGGCGGCGGCGGCGGAGAGCGAGGGUUGAGGAACUAGAGAAAUGGCCACUACACAAUCUGUCUUCACAUUUGCUCUCUGCAUUUUAAUGAUAACUGAAUUAAUACUGGCUACAGAGAGCUAUUAUGAUAUCUUAGGAGUUCCAAAAAAUGCAUCUGACCGACAGAUCAAGAAGGCAUUUCACAAGCUGGCUAUGAAAUACCACCCAGACAAAAAUAAGAGUCCUGGUGCAGAAGCGAAAUUUAGAGAAAUUGCUGAAGCAUAUGAAACAUUAUCAGAUGAGAAUAAGCGAAGAGAAUAUGAUCAGUUUGGCCGUCAUGGAGGACGAGGAAAUAAUGGAAGCCCAUUCCAUCAGUCAUUUAAUUUCAACUUUGACGAUCUGUUCAAAGACUUUGACCUCUUUAGUCAAAACUCACGGUCAAAAAAGCACUUUGAAAAUCACUUCCGAAGUCAUCGGGAAGCUCACAAUCGGCAAAGACGUUCUUUCCAAGAGUUCUCCUUUGGAGGUGGAUUGUUUGAUGAUGUGUUUGAAAAUAUGGAAAAAAUGUUUUCGUUUAGUGACUUUGAAAAUGCACACCGACAUGCGGUGCGAACUGAUACCAGGUUUCAUGGAUCCAGCAAGCACUGUAGGACUGUCACUCAGAGACGAGGAAACAUGGUUACCACGUAUACAGACUGUUCUGGACAAUAAUGUUUCCUUUCUUUAAAUCUGUUUUCUUCUUCUUUCAACAUCUUCAUAAUCUUUCUUGGUUUUGUGCUAACAUGGAAAAAAUUCUUUGAACUGUUUGUUCUGAAAAACACUUAACAGCUAUAAAGAAGUUGUGGAUGAAACUAAUCUUCAGAAUAGAAACAACAUGCAUUUGGGAAGUAAAUGUCUCAGUAACUACUUAGAAUGGGAGAGAAAUAAUCUCAUGUGACAAAAAAUUUAUAUGUAUUUCAGUUUAUUAAACACUUUCCCUGAAUUUGGGCUUCAACACAAGAUAUAUAUUUUUAAUUUCAGAAGUGUAAUAUAAUUUUUUUAUAUAUGCCAAUUCAGGACUGUUUGAGUUACUGGUGCAUGGAUUGCAGCAGAGGAGAUACUCUAAUUUUGAAGUGCUGCUUUUUUAUUACAUCUUCCCAAGUUUUCACUUGCAGUUUUACAGACUUACUGUGCAAAUUAGAUGAUUUACACAAAAUAGCAGCAGAAAUAUGACUUACCUAGGUCUUUUUUACUCUUGUCAAGCAUUGCUAAUAUAUUAGUAAAAAACCACUUUAUGAAGUUGGAAAAUAACAAGAGGGAAUAUGUCAGAUUGUGCUUCACCUAGGAGAGGGGUGUAGGAAUUACUUU